UUGACUUUUUUUUGUUGGUUUUCUUGCUGACUCUGUUUUGCUUAUUUAAAUAGUCUCCUAAUAUCAAAUUGAUAUGAUCAUGUUGUUAAAAUAAUCAUAAUUUAUGCGUGUUAUCAAAUUCUCAUGUUGCUUCUGUUUGAGUUUGUUUGUUGAUGAAGAGAGUUGCAGAAGAAGAAUAAUCAAUCCCCUUUGCUUGAACCUUUUUGGUGACUUAGAUUAUGAUAAAGUGUGCCUUUAACAAGAAAAGUAUGAACAACUUGUCAUAUAAUUAACACUUAAAACAGAAAAAAAAGAUGAAGUUGGAACUGCUCUAAUAUAUAGUAUUAGAUGAUGCUAAUGUGUGUCUUGCAAUUUUAUUCUCUUCUAUGAUGAUUAUUUUCGCGGAUAUCUCUGAAUUCGUAUUCUGGUAUGUUCUUCACAAUUGAGAAAAUUUUGAAAAAAUCAUUAGUUUUAAUCUAAACUAGGCACUGUUUUUAUUCUUCAUUGAUUCUAAUGAUACCAGCCUGUGACCUUUCGAUUUAGCUUCUUAACAACGUUGCACGUUUAGGUACAGUUAAAAGAGCUUGAAUUGCCUUUGUUGAUAUUAGAUGAGGCUAGUAUGUAUCUGGCUAUGUUAUUCUCUUCUAUGAUGAUUUUUUCUGCGGCUCUCUGAAUUCAUAUUCUGGUAUGUUCUUCACCAUUGAGAAACUUUUUUAAAAAAAUCGUUAGUUUUAAUCUAAACUAGUCAGUGUUUUCAUUCUUCAGUGAUUCUCAUGAUACUGGAUUUUGAGUUUUCGAUUUAGCUUCUCAAUAACGUUGCACGUUUAGGUAAUAGUGUAAAUAGUUAUAUGGCUGAUAUAGCAAGUCUUUUUGGUGGUUUUUAUGUUUACCUAAUGAGUGUUGUUUUGGCUUGAUUAGCCUGAUUUCGUUCAUCUAAACCUAAAUUCAUUGUACUAGUUUCGAUUGUUUCUUUGGAGAAAAGGGGGAAAUAUACUGUUUCUUGAUCGAGAAGUGGUGUGUGUUGUGCUCUUUGAUUAAGCGGUGAAGGCUAAAUGUGUAUAUAUAUUGAUGCAGCAGAAUAGAAAGUCGAUCAUGAAUGGAUACUCCAGCAAAAGAGGUGUUGCUACGAGUAGAGCACCUAGGAAAGGCAUUAGUUCAAGCUCGUCCCAUGAUCAGAAUGUUCAGUUCUGUAACCGAAUAGGAUGCAGUGGAAGAAUCAAGUACGGGAAUCAGAAUAUGAAAAUUAGAAGCUCGGACAAUGGCAAAAGCCCCAAGUCCUCGUUUUGUUCUUCAAACGGGAAUGGAGCGGUUGAAGCUUUGUCUAAGAGUGGUUCUGUGGUGAUCAGGGAAAAGGCGUCGUAUCUUGAUACAAAGAAAAGGUUGCCAUUUGAUCAACCCGAAAGUAGUCAGUCGGGCGAUUCAGAAGCCUCACAGUCAACAUCCUCACCUGGAUCAGCAAGCAAGUCUGGACAGAAUCCCGUGGCGAAAAAUGGCAGUGGGAGUGUUCCAUCGAGUGUUAGAACUCGAAAAAGGGUUCAGAAUAUGUCGGGUUCGAACAAGCAAAAUACUCAGACAGCUUCUUCUGUUUCCCCCACUACUAAUAGUGGUAAUAACAGAAGUAGGUGCCUGAAAAACCUCAAAUGCAACGUGGUCUCAGAUUCCGUACCACCUCCUAAUUGUUCAUCGUCAGGGUCGAAAUCUCCCUGCAAGAAUGUGAUGAGGAAGAGAAGUCUAGAAGGGGUUAGCAGCGAGCCCGGUAGAGGGAGACAGACAGUUGUUUCUACACACGCCUCGUCUUCGAGCAGCAGCGCCUCCGUCUCUGCCUCUGGUGCGGAUAGCACCACUUCUGGUUCGGCCAGGACAGGAGGGUCGAGUAACGUAAACAAGAGUAGGUCAACGAGGCUCUCUUCUCGACAAAAUGGGAGAAAUACCUCGAGCCUUAGAGAAUCCUCCCUCCGAGUCUCCCAUCCCGAACCACCUAGAAGCACUGGCAGGCCAAGAUUAUCGCAGCAAUACUCUCCCAACGCCCCUUCAAGUGGGUUGAGCUCGUAUAAUCUCUCUCCUUCUAGUAAUAGUGACGACAAUCGGUCCACUUUGAUGCCUUACACUGUAAUGGAGCCCGGCUACAGCCACUUUGUGAACCGUGACAUGUUGCAACGAUACAAUAUGGAUGGUAUUGCUGAGGUAUUACUAGCACUCGAAAGGUUCGAGCAGGACGAAGAAAUGACACAUGAGCAAAUACUCGCAUUGGAGACGAGUUUAUUCCUCAGUGGCCUCAAUCUAUACGACCAGCACCGGGACAUGAGACUGGAUAUUGAUGACAUGUCGUAUGAGGAGUUGUUGGCUCUAGGGGAUAGCAUGGGAACGGUUAGCACCGCCCUCUCAGAAAACGAACUAUUCAAGUGCAUCAAGCGACGCAUACAUCAGGGUGCCCUGACAGAAAAAGUGUCGGGCGAAGACGGAGAUGAUGUCAAAUGCAGCAUCUGCCAGGAGGAGUAUGUGAAGGGGGACGCUAUCGGGGAGUUAGUCAAGUGUGAGCACGCGUAUCACAUCGCGUGCAUAAAUCAGUGGCUGAGGCUCAAGAACUGGUGCCCUAUUUGCAAGAGUGCUGCAGCUCCAUCACAACCAUCUUCUUCUCUCUCUUAAUGCAAAUCUUUCUUUUGAUCUGUACAUUAAUGGAUAUUAUUGUAUUGUUUCUGCUCUUUGAAUUUUUUAUUUUUAUUUUGUAAAUAUCAUUCUAUUCAAUAUCCUAAGGCAUUUUGGUGAAAAUCUGACUGCCUCAGUGAACAAAGUUUUCCAAUAAUACUAUAAUUUUUUCUUGCUUGAAAA